AUGGGGUCUGCGGCCGAAAAUAUAGUCGAUGCGCUUGUCGUUGGCGCGGGAAUGGGGGGAGUAUACUCAACAUAUCGGCUUUCCCGGGCUGGCCUUCAGGUCCAGUGUGUCGAGGCGGGUGGCGAUGUUGGUGGCACUUGGUACUGGAACACGUACCCAGGAGCGAUGAGCGACACAGAAUCUUACCUGUACCGUUAUUCAUGGGAUAAGGAGGAUCUACAGUCAUACCCAUGGGACAGGCACUAUCUGUAUCAGCCAGAGAUACUUGAGUAUAUCCGACAUGUCGUCAGGCGCCACGACCUCAGGAAGUACAUGCAAUUCAAUACCGAGAUGCAGAGCGCUGCUUGGGAUAGCGACCGCAGUGUUUGGGUGGUCACUUGCUCGGGAGGACUGGUUGUCCAUUGCCGCUACUUGGUCAACUGCUUGGGUAUUCUGGCCCAGCCGAACUACCCUGAUAUCCCUGGAGUCCAUUCAUUUGCUGGGGCGACCGUCCAUACAGCCCGAUGGGACCACUCGGUCAAACUAGAGGGCAAGACCGUUGGAAUCAUUGGAAACGGAUCUACAGGUGUCCAGGUGAUGACAGCGAUCGCACCAGACGUGGGUCAACUUGUGUCCUUCCAACGACAUCCGCAAUAUUCAGUUCCCAGUGGCCAGGGUCCCAUUCCCCCGGGCUAUCGCGAGGGCAUUAAUGGCAAUUACGACAAGAUAUGGGAAGACACCCAGGCUUCUGCAACUGGAUUCGGCAUCCACGAGUCAACCCGUAAAACAAUGGAAGCAACCCCCGAAGAACGCCAGCAAGCAUUCCAAGAGGUCUGGGACCAGAGCAACGCAUUCCGCUUCAUGUUCAGUGCGUUUGGUGAUCUUACCACCGACCGCGAUGCCAAUGAAGAAGCCUGCAAGUUCGUCCGUAGCAAAAUCGACGAAAUCGUGAAAGACCCGCGGAAGGCAGCGGCGUUGAAACCCUGGGACCUGUACGCCCGUCGCCCGCUCUGCGAUGCUGGGUACUACCGGAUUUUUAAUCGCGACAAUGUUGACAUCGUCGACCUACGCGAAACGCCCAUCGACGAAAUCGUGCCCGAGGGGAUCAAGAUCCGUGAGCGAGACGGUACCAGUAGUCUGCAUCCUCUCGAUGUUCUGAUCCUGGCGACUGGCUUCGAUGCGGUGGAAGGAAGCUACCUGCGCCUGAACAUCACCGGGCGCGAGGGCAAGUCACUCCAAGAACACUGGAAAAACGGCCCAACAGCCUACGGCGGGGUCGCAUGCUCAGGGUUCCCUAACAUGUUCGUCGUUUCUGGUCCGCAGGCCGCCUUUGCCAACUUCCCUGUCGUUCUCGAGCGUGAGGUCGACUUCAUCAUGGAUUGUAUCCUGCACAGCGAGAAUGCGAGACAGGAUCAUGUCAUGGAGGUCUUGCCUGGAGCCGAGGAGCGGUGGAGUGAGAUGUGCCAGCAGGUCUCGGCGGGCUCGCUCUUCAAGGAGGCGGUUGGCUGGUUCUUUGGAAUCAAUAUUGAAGGUCGCAAGCCGGUCACAAAGUUCUAUUUCGGAGGGUUUAGCAAAUACCGUGAGUGGACUGAGAAGGUAGCUAAAACUGGAUUCCCGGGCUUUUCUGGAAGUCCGCAAGAAGAGAUGGCGUUUUUGGAGGUGCUGAUGCCGGGGCUGGUUAAAUGA